CGCCCAACCCCUCCAACCCCCAAACCCCCCAAACCCCCCUCUGGAUACUCGACAGCAUACCCGUCAGCCCUCCCAGCCACAAGUGCAUGGAGCCGGCCAAGUCUGAGACUCGAGAGCCGUCGCCGCCGUCGCCAGACGGCAGCAGUGUGGCCGUAGUGCCACCCUACUGGCAGCAGCACCAGCGCAGUGCCAGCUAUCGCAGCACUUGCUCUGCAGACAACAACCGCCCCGCACCCAUCGGCCUCGAGGACCACACUCAUGACGGCUCAGACCAUUGCAAGGCGCUGUGGGCGAAAGGCGUCACCAUAGACGAUUACGUCGUCGUAAGUGGCACUGCACCGGCCAUCGGCGCAUACGUUGUCUGGAACUGUACCGUUCAGACGCUCGAUGGAGGCCCCAUGAAGAUACGCAAGAGAUAUUCCGAGUUUGAGGAGCUGCACACAAAGCUGCUGCAGACAUUCCCCCAUGCCGCAGGCUCGCUGCCGCAGCUGCCCCCCAAGUCGGUCAUCUCUCGCUUUAGGCCCCGUUUUCUGGAAAAGCGGAAACAAGGGCUGUCGUACUUUCUAAACUGCGUCCUACUCAAUCCGGAAUUUGCUGGCGCACCAGUGCUCAAGGACUUUUUGUUCCCGUGAUGUCAUUUUCCGUAUACCAGUAUUGCUUUUGUCCCUUUAUUCUGCCCACGGUAGGGCCUGGGCCGCGCACAUCAAGGGUGUUAGGUGCGACAUUGUUGGCCCUCUUCUGUGCGCUACCACUAGUGCCAAGGCCUCGAGGUUUCUGUUUCAUCUUUUUGUCUCGCGCAGCUGCGUCACUUGUACAUACAGACACACAGACAUACGUAUACAUACACACUUGCAAC